AGGCCAAUCAUAAGUAUGCAGCCAUUUUGCAUCUUAGUGGUGUAGUUCGUCAGUGACAAUGUAAAAAGUGUUUUUGUUGCUGCGGAGUGUAUUUUCUUGUUUUAAGUAGUUUUGUGAUUGCUGUCAUAUUUAUUGAGGUCCCACCAUCAACAUUCAACAAACCAUGCAACAGUCAUAGCAACAAACUUACAAACAAACAAACAGACAGAAUGGGUCCCCCACUGAGCACGUGGCCUUACAGCCAUCCGCAGAAAGAAGCAAGUGACAAAUGUGACAAACCUAGUGACGAUGUACAUAAAAAGUGUUUUCUCUCCCAAUGCGUUGACAAUUUCAGAGUGAUUUGUUUAAAUUUUACAUUUGCGUUGUUAUUCUUUCAAGUGUUGUUAAGUUUGAACUCUGUGACCGCGGGGCCUGUGAUACUCAACAUGGAUUAUUCUCAAGGUCCAGUGCCACUAGCUAGGAAUAUAAGACACUUGCCGUGCAUAUCCCGGAGGUCCGGUCAAGAAGGCCUCUGUAUGUUCGCCAUAGAUUGCCUCAAAGCCAAUGGGUCCCAUCUCGGCACCUGCAUAGACAGAUUCUACUUCGGAUCCUGCUGUCAAAUACCCGACAAAACGAUUCUACCACAAAUUCUCAACAACAUCGAAGAUAAUUCCAUAGACAGCGCUAAUUUUGUACAUCCUCAAAUUGUUCAAACUACAGUUAGUAAGAUUCCAGAUAUUUUCCCUACUAAAAAGACUACGACUACUACUGAAAGAAUUGAAACUACAGUCACAGAAAAAUCUGAAACAGUUCAAGAUAGAACUGAGGCUGUAGAUUUAGAGACCAAAUCAGAUGAACAGUCGACUAUUGAUAAUAAGAUUGUAAAUCAUGAUGCUAAGUUUACUACAUCAGCUAUUGUAGAAACUACGAUGAAAGCUGAAAGUAAGAUCACUGAAGCACCAGUGACGGAAAUGCCUAUGAAGCUGUCUACUUUCCAAACAGUUUCAGGGGAGAACAAUGUAGUUACAGAAAAACCUCAAAUUGAAAACGAUGAAGCAUCAAAAAUAACAACAACGACGGUAAAACCAAAACCUACUCGUAAACCUUCGAGGCCAACUUUCAGGCCUUCUUCCCAAAAACCUUAUAACCACACAAGACCUCAAUAUACUUUAUCUACUUAUAAGCCAAGACCUGUGAAGCCUGUUUAUAAUACUACUAGAAAACCUCCAUACAGGCCUCCAUCUAAACGACCUUCAACGAAAAAACCUCUGCCUAUUCCUCCCAGACUUAACAUAACCAUACUACCUCAAUCAACCAGCUCAAAACCCAUAUUCACGCGCCCAUCAUCAGUUUCCAUCACAUAUAUAAACACAACGGUUUCUUCCUCAACAACUGUUGAACCUACAACAACCACAACAACAACAACGACGACAACAACAGAACAACCUUCAUCAACAACAAUCUUAACAACUGUGACAGAAAAAGUUGUUGAACAAACCAACCCUGUGACUGAGAUUGAGAAAAUAACAGAAACAUCACCAGAACCGACUCAAACAGAGAGAGUUACAGACAAAACAACAAUUUCUGAAGCUGUCGAAACAACAGUCACAGAAGCCGUGAAAAAAACAACAGUACAAGUUACUGAGGCUCCUGAAGUUUCAACAACAGUCACUGAACAAGAGGUCACUGAAACUGAGGUCCCAACUUCACCAGUGGUUGUUUCCGUGUCUACGGAGUCAACUAAAGUUGAAAUGUUGACGACUCCUGAAGAAGUAGUUACUAAAGAGCCUGAAAAGAUCACUGAAUCUGAUGAAAAAUGGCCAACAGAAGGCUGGGUGCUAAUAUCAACAGUCCCACCAAAAACAGAACCAACAUCUACAACAACAUUAUCAUCAACAACAGUUACAACAACGACAACAACACAAGCGCCUCCAACAACUACAACAACAGAAGCUGUACCAGAAACACAGCCAACAACACCCACAGAAGUACCAAUAGUUUCAUCAACAACAGUUACAUCAACAUCAACAGCUGAAGUACCAACAUCGUCAUCAACAACACAACAGCCAAUAGAGUUUGUUGUUAACGUGACGUUGUCGCCAACGGUGCCGACUUCGACUUCCAGUGUUGGGCUCACGACUUUCAGUUCGGUUUCUUCGGAAAAUGUUACUGAGAGUGCCAGUGAUAAGAAUGGUACCAGCUCUAGUACCACGGAAUCUGUGAAACCUACUGAGGCAGCUAUUCCAACGACAACUCUUCUGCCUGAAACAACAACAGAAGCCAUCAACAUGUCCGAUUAUAAGAAUGUUUGCGGUCGUAGACUCUGGCAGGCUCCUCAAGGCAGGAUUGUUGGCGGGACCAAGUCAGGCUUUGGUCAGUGGCCUUGGCAGAUAUCUUUGAGGCAGUACCGGACUUCUACGUAUCUUCAUAAGUGUGGUGCCGCCUUGUUGAAUGAAAACUGGGCGAUUACGGCCGCUCAUUGUGUUGAACACGUCCCACCAUCAGAGCUGCUAGUACGUCUAGGAGAGCAUGACCUAGCGCAGAGCGACGAACCAUACGGCUUCGUGGAGCGAAGAGUUCAGAUCGUCGCCAGCCAUCCACACUUCGAUCCUGCUACGUUUGAAUAUGAUCUGGCUUUGCUUAGGUUCUACGAGCCAGUGACGUUUCAGCCGAACAUCCUGCCGGUGUGCGUGCCUGAUGAUGACGAGGACUUCGUCGGCAAGACGGCAUACGUUACGGGCUGGGGGAGACUGUUUGACGAGGGUCCAUUGCCCAGCGUUCUCCAAGAGGUGAAGGUGCCGGUGAUCAACAACUCCGCGUGCGAGGCCAUGUACCAGGCGGCCGGCUACAACGAGCACAUACCCAACAUCUUCAUCUGCGCCGGCAGGAGUAAGGGCGGCGCUGAUUCCUGCGAAGGUGACAGCGGAGGUCCGAUGGUGGUCCGCAGAUCUCGAGACGACCGCUUCGUGUUAGGAGGCAUCAUAUCCUGGGGUAUUGGAUGUGCGGAACCCAACCAGCCCGGGGUUUACACAAGAAUCUCCGAAUUCCGGGAUUGGAUCAAUCAGAUAUUACUGUUUUAGUGAGGAAGGACUUUAAUUGAAGAAUAAAAGGGUUAGUGAAUACUGGGACAGUGGUAUUUUUUGGGAUUCGAACAUAAAUGGUCGAAUAAAACAAGUGUUUUGAGAGUAGUGAUUUUUUUAUAAAUUGUUACUUUCAAAUACUUGACAACUUAAAAUUGAGUACCUAUCGUUUCAAUAUUCGGCCAUUAGUUCUUUUACAAAAUGAUAAUUUGAAAAGUUAGACAAGAUCUAAAUACUCGGUGCUGAUUAUUGAGAAACAAAAGUGAAAUAAGGGGUGUGACGAAUUGUUUGUAUGCAUUAAAUAUGUUGAGAAAUUGUCCAUUCCAUGUAGUAGAUUAAAAUUAAAAUAAGGAUUGUCAUUUGAUCUUCCCUUUAGGAUUGAUAAUUAAUAAUUUACUCAUCAAAUCUUAUUAGGUUUUUGAUUUAAUGAAAAAAUCAAAUAAACUAAAAUUAAAUAUUAAUUUGAAAAAAGUCUUGAAAGGUCAGUUUUUCUAGGUAUUAAAUGGUCAAUCCUUAUUGAUAUAUUUUUGUGUCCGUUAUAUUAAUAAAAUAAAAUUAUACGAAUUUAUAUAAUAAGUAAUAAAUUAAUAUACUUUUGUAAAAUAUGUCUUAGCAAUUGAAACUGCCAUGGGCUUUUAUUGAAUAAAAAAAUAGUUCCAAUUCUUGAACUAAAAUUAAAUAAAAAACUAAAUACAUUAAAGUAUUUUUAUGGAAAAUAAAAUAAUUUUAGUUUGUAAGCAACGGAUUCCGUCCUUAAUUUAUUUCUUAGCGAAUUAUUUGUAAAUAUAUUUCGAUAUACUUUUUUAUAUGAAAUGCAUUUAUUAAUUUUAUUUAAUUAGCCAUAAUAAUGUCUCAGAGUAAUAUUUGAGUUCUGAUUUUAUGAAUUUAUUAAAUGAUUUAAAAUGGUUA